AAUUUGAUGGUUCAAGUUAGAAGGGUCGGGAAAAAAAACAAAACAGAUCGCAACUUCACAAGCUUCGUCUCCAAUUUUCUUCUCAUCUCACCUAUAUUCUCAGGUUCAGGAGGAGAUUCAGUCAAGACUUUGAGCUAAAGUUCUACUCGAAAAAUCAUGGGAUUCUGGACACUGAUGGAAGGAUUGCUGCUAUUUGCAAACGCAUUGGCUAUCCUCAACGAAGACCGUUUUCUAGCUCCCAAAGGAUGGACACUUGCAGAGCUCCACCAAACCGGCAAAAGAAACUCUCUCAAAGGCCAGAUCAUUGGUCUCAUCCACGCCUGCCACUACAUGAGGCUUCCUCUCAUGCUCUUUAACUUAAUUGUCAUUGUCGUUAAGCUUUUCUCCGGUUAAUAUAAUUCACACCCCUUUUUGAAUAAUUUUUCAGUCCAAACAUUUCUGCAACUUCUUUUUGUCCCUUUGCUAAGAUUGAGAGGUUUCUUGUUUGUUCAGUCUGUAGAAAUCUAAAACCAAAAGCUUACUUUGUAUACAUUAUUGUUAUGCUUCUUAA